AUGGAGUUUUACUUUCAAGUAACGUUUUUAAACGAAAUAAUCAGAGAAAUUAUCUCUCCAACUUAUUACACUCCAACACUUAUAACAGAGUACCUUAAAAAUAAUGACAUUGUGCCUACUUUAGAAACAAUAAUUGAAUGUAUUAUUCGGUUUAGAGCACAGCGUCAUGGGAAUUUUUGUAACCAUGCCAUCACUAGAGUAAGGGAAUUAAUUGUAUGCUCUAUAAGUCCGGAUGAAAUGAAUGCUUACAAAAUCCUUGUUAGCCAAGUUCUUGCUAUAUAUGCUCCAGCUCCUCCUCCACAAAUUACAGCACCUUCUUCCGUUUCCGCUUUUUCAGUAUCCACGGCAAUGGUCGAAG